CGCCCUCACGCCCUCACGCAUACCGAUCCUGCCCCUCUGACCCCAGGGCAAAACCUCCCUCCUGACAUUAUUUGACGCCCUUACACUCUUUUUGUCGCCGUUCCCGCUCGAGAGCUGGCUCUUGUGCGACCCUCGAACCUGUUGCUGCCCAACCGACCCGCUCCUUUCCACCGUCUUUUUUUUUGUUCGUUGCCUCGCGGCCCUGAACUUUCGGGAGGGACUGCCUCACCACUCACGCAACAACACGCAAGAAUGGUUUCUUUUCAAUGCGAGGUCAGCACUAUGCGCCGCGGAUCAUCGCCCUCAACACUUCUAACAAUCCCAUGUACAGGCCUGCGGCGACGUCCUGACCAAGAAGAAGCUCGAUCCACACCGCAACCAAUGUCGGGGCGCGAUGUUUACCUGUAUCGACUGCAUGACGACUUUUCAUGGCACAAGCUAUAGAGCACAUACGUCAUGCAUUACAGAAGAUCAGAAGUACCAGGGCGCUUUAUAUCGCGAGAAGCCCUCCAAGGCCGCGAAGAGGAAAUCUGUCUCCAUCAUCGAGCCAGAGAACGAAAAGGCUCUAGUUCCUCGUCGAGCAUACGUUGAAGACGACCCGGAUACAGAUGCCCCUCCCCACGUUCCUACUCCUCCCCCCGCCGUGCCGGAUUCAAACCGUGACAGUGUUUUCGAUUAUAUGGUUGACGAAGGUAGCCGAACAGGCACACCCCAGAUAAGUUUUACAAAGGAGAAGGAAGAAAUGUCUAUGAAGCAGACUGCUCCGUCAAUCUUCUCCAACAGUCGGCCGUCCAGCCAGAAUGGGUAUCACAACGCAGAUGAGGAGGAGCAGCAUAGCAAGGAGUACGAAGAAAACGGCUACACUUGGGGUGCAGCACCGGUCAAGCCUCGAGGAGCGUUAGACAUGAACAACAGUACCCUGUCGCUCGAAUUUAUGACCCCGGCAGCAAAGGAGGUGAAAUCCAAGUUAGACAAGAAAGAGAGACCACGCGCCCAUAGUCGGACGAACAGCGGCAGUGAAAAGAAACGGAAACGGCCCACGGAAGAUCAAGUCCACGAACUGGAAGGUGACACCUUGAUGGCUGACGCGGUGAAGGUGGACACGCCAGUGAUUGUGCACUCCGGGCUCACGGGUGGGCUGAGCCGAAUGAUGUCCCAGGAUGAAUCGUACCCGUUCCGUCGGUCUCCCGAUCCCAACGACAAACGCGUGGUGGUCCAGAAGGAGCGAACGGGUCGUCGAAGUUUGAAACCGGAAGACCCCACUUCUCCGUUAAAACGUACUCGACACACCAAGGAGGAUUCCAAUGGGCUUGGCAUCUCGAUCAAAGGUCGAGCAGUUAGAGCACUCUCGAUGGUGGGCGGUGCACUUCUUCCUGGUCAGGUCGAGAGCCAAAUGGCCAACACCAAAACGCGGAGGAGAGCCAGCUCGUCGGACCAUGGGAACAGCCUUUCUCGAAUCCGAGAUGGUGAGAAGCGAGAGAGAAAGAAGCACAAGGUCCAUCGACAUAAUGGUACUGCAUCCGCCAAUAUUCGCCAUGAGCACCGGUCGCGCCGCCGGUACAGCGACGAUUCGCCCUCACGAUCUCCGGGUGAAGGCACUGCGCGUAAACUCAAAGCCAUUGAGUACCACAAACACGACGACUCAGCCUCUGACACGGACUCAGACCCGAUGCAUCAGCAUAGCAAUGGUGCAGCCAAACGCAAGAGCACUAAUGGUGCAAUGGUCGUGUUCGGCGCAGAGGAAAAGACCAAGCGUGCUUGCCGCAGUUUCCUCGCCAAUGCACCCGGACUGGACUCGGACAAAGGAUAUUCCAUUCACAAGAUGCUCAAGCGAUGGCAUAAGCAUAACGACAUCCGAAGCAGCACGUCCAAGCUGGACGAGGAGCAAGACCUGUGGAGGUCGUUGAGGAUAAAACGAAAUGAGAAGGGCGAGUAUGUGGUGUUUUUCUGAGCGCGAUGCAGGCAACCUCUUUUCUUGAAUGUCUUGCUAUUUGACGGGAUUCAUGGAUAUUAAUGGGUUGUGGACUCGCACUUACACUCUCCUCCUGUGUCACCUCCGACGUCCCAUGCCGAAGACGGGAGAUGGGGAUUGAGAUCUAAUGACUGUACAAAAUGGCAUGACGGAGAAGCCGUGCUUGUCGUGGUUUUCUUUAGCGGCUGAUCGGAAAUGACAGCAUAGAAUGAGAACAGUGUACCUCGUAUCGAGACUGGAAUUUUGAUGGAACACAAGGAUUGUAGGGAGAAACCAGUAUAUGCAAAGGGAUGAUGCUUGUAUGAGUGGGAUACCGGAUGUUGAUCCACGGUCUGUGAGCACCACCAUCAUGUAAGGAGGAAGAGACCAUCGGAUGAUCUUCAUUGUUAAAGGCUCACCAGGUCUCGCGAGGUCAGUCAACACACCGACCUUGCGCUGUCAAUCAUAUGCGGUCUUCAGG